AUGACCGGGAACGUCCCAUCUGAUAUAAAGAAUUUGCCAUUCAGGGUUAUAAAUAAGAAUAACAAACUAGUCAUCGAUAUAGAAUACAAAGGGAAAAGGGUAGAUUUCACGCCCGAAGAAAUUUUAUCCAUGAUAUUGGUAAAUGAAAGAAACCGCAGAAGCAUUCCUUGGUACACAAGUUAUAUAUAUUACAAUUACAGCACCAGUAGUACCAGUUGCUUUAAUUAUUUUCAACGUCAAGCUAUAGGAGAUGCUGAAGGGAUUUUUGAAGUAAUAGCCGUUGCUGGUGACAAUCAUCUUGAUGGUGAAGAUUUUGACAAUCGUCUUGUAAAUCAUUUUGUACAAGAAUUCAAAAGAAAAUUUAACAAAGAUAUUUGUUCCAAUGCACGUGCUAUCAGUCGUUUAAGAACAGCAUGUGAACAUGCGAAACGUACACUUUCAAUAUUAUCCAUUGUAAUUGAUUCUCUUUUCGAAGAUAUUGAUUUUUAUACCUCUUUGACACGUGCCAGAUUUGAAGAAUUGAAUAAAGAUUUAUUCAGCUCUACAAUAGAACCUGUUGAGAAAGUACUGCGAGAUGCUAAAAUUGAUAAAAGCCAAGUCCAUGAAAUUUUCAUGGUUGUUCAACUAUAUGAAGGAGAAUGUACUCGAGCAAGUGGUAAUAAUUUGCUAGGAUCAUUCGAAUUGUUUGGGAUUCCUCCGGCGCCAAGAGGUGUUCCGCAAAUUAAAGUUACCUUUGAUGCUUAUGGAAAUGGCUUCUUGAACGUUUAUUCUGCUAUUAAUAAAGAAACCGUUUUUAAAGCUGAAAAAUAUCAUGCAGAAAGAAAGCAAUAUCAGCAAAAAAUAGAAGUGCAAAAUGGCCUGGAAUCCUAUACAUACAACCUACUUAAUGUAGUUCAAAAAAUCGAUAAUUUAAAGAAUAAACUUCAAGAUGUAACAAAAAAUUCGAUUACAUGGAUUGAGAAUAACCAAGAAGCAAGUAAAGAUGAAUGUGAACGUGAACAAAAAUUACUUGAAUGGAUUACCGACCAAAUAAUGAAUGAACUUUGUAAUAGCGAAGCGGAAAAAUAA